GUUUAUGUCUAAGAGAAAGGAUUAUCGCAUUCUAAAGUUCAAGAGAGGAAUGGGACUUCAGAUCAAAGAACUAGGCCAAGGAUCAAGAGGAAAUUUGAAAUACUGCCUUGUGAUAUUGAAUCAGCCUUUGGACAAAAGUUUUCGUCAUCUUUGGAGCAAAGCUCUUCUAAGAGCCUGUGCUGAUGGAGGUGCCAAUCGCUUAUAUGAUAUCACCGACAGAGAGAGGGAACGCUUUUUGCCUGAAUUCAUCAGUGGAGACUUUGAUUCUAUUAGGCCUGAAGUUAGAGAAUACUACACUGUUAAGGGAUGUGAGCUCAUUUCAACUCCUGACCAGGACCAUACUGACUUCACCAAGUGCCUUGAAGUGCUGCAGAAGAAGAUAGAAGAAAAAGACCUCCAGGUCAAUGUGAUUGUGACAAUGGGAGGACUUGCUGGGCGUUUUGACCAGAUCAUGGCGUCCGUGAGCACCUUGUUCCAAGCGACUCGCAUCACUCCUUUGCCAAUUAUAAUCAUCCAAGAGGAAUCUCUCAUCUACCUGCUCCAACCAGGAAAGCACAAAUUGCAUGUAGACACUGGAAUGGAAGGUGAUUGGUGUGGCCUUAUUCCUGUUGGACAGCCUUGCAAUCAGGUUACAACGACGGGCCUAAAGUGGAACCUCACAAAUCACGUGCUCAGCUUUGGAACCCUGGUCAGCACCUCCAAUACCUACGAUGGAUCUGGUGUUGUGACCGUGGAAACGGACCACCCACUCCUCUGGACCAUGGCCAUCAAAAACUGACCCAGGGACUGGCCUUCGUAGCUCUGCCUCCAACUUACCUCAUCUGCCAACAACUCAUUGCUCAACAAGCACAGUUCCCCUUGGUCUGCAGGAGUCUAAGCCCACUUGUUUUAAAGCUGUCAAUGUUUAGUUAAAUUCAGGUAACAUAAUGACAGAUCUCAGUUUUACAAUGAGGGGAGAAAUCAUUAUGUUUAAGAAAAUAAAUAAGCUCUAUUACAUUCGGUUGAAAAACUAAUGUGGAUCAUUCCACCAUACAGUUCAGUACUGAUUGUCCUUCUGUUAUUAAUCAUUCCAUUUAUCCUAGAAAAUGACUUUAAUUCAAAGCUGAGAAGGCUCAGUGGGCUCCUUGGUAUCAGCACACAGGCCUCCUGCUGCACACCCUCCAGGGCUUGACACCCAGGGCUGCUUCCGAGCCUUUUAGCGUUAGAUUCCUGUGUAGCAGACGAAAGUUUCUUACCAGAUUGAGAUGUUAGGACUGCACCCUUUUACUUCAGCCUUAUUACGAUCUCUUAAAAAUAAGAACCAUUGACCUAAUUAUUAAAUUUGAAAGCAGGCAGUUAUGGAAGCUCUAGGUGAAAGGAGAAAUGGCAUGAAUUCCUAAAGCCCUGGGAGACUCCCAAAGCUGCCUCAUUGCCUUGCAACCUGGACUGAGACCACUGUGCACAGCAAGCCCAGAAGUGGAAUCACUCCUGACAUACCUCUGACUGAGCUCGCAGGCAACACGCUUACCCGAUGACCAGAAAACGAGCCUGGCAGCCUGUGGGAUGAGUGAGCUCCGUGCACUGAGGAGCCUGGGUCUGAAAGCCUGCGUUCCUGUGCCCCAUUCACCUGACUCCCCGGAGCCCUCUCCUCACCUGGAAAUGGAGGGACUGGACGGAGGGUCCUGAGCCCCUUCCCACACUCAGGGCCCAAACACUGACUGGCGGUUACUGGGCAGAUCCUGCACAGGGUGAGAGCGUUAAUCCCGGCACUGAAACAUAUUCAUGUUGCUUUUAGGAUUAGACCCUCUUCUAGCCUCUUACCCUUUCUGUCCCAUUUCCCAAACCGUGUGUGGCCAUAUAAACCAGGAAGUAGAAGAACCUGCCAAUGGGCUGCCGCCGUGGGAAAGGGACCAGCAGCUCUUUCCUCCUGGUGCUACGAGAGGGCCUCUCUGAACCAGCGCACAGGUAACCGUGAGACCCUCCUAACCAUCUGUGCAAACGUGUGUGAGACUGGAAUCCAGAUGUCAAAUAAAAAUGUUCAAUGUGCACGUGUGUGGUCAGUAUUAAAGAAAACAAUCUUCCUCAACUACUUCAUUAUCACCAACCUCUCACCUCAAUGUUUCUACAUUUUAAAAAAGAUUUGCUCAAAGGAUGAUUAAUAAGGGCAAUACUUCACUCAUCUGAUUUCGGAGAACAACCAGAAUUAUUAUUAAUACAUUCUCUAACCUCUCUCCCUGGGAGUUCCUCUCCAGAUCCCCUGUGCCGGGUGUUUACCUGUGACCCCCCUAUAAGAUAAGAUUAGGCAGAGACCUGUGUACCCUCUAGGACUGAGAAAGGAAGGACAGGUAGAUUGCUUUUCAAGAGCUUUCUAAGCUGGAGGGAAAGGAACAGAGAAGGCCCUGCCAGAGUAGAGGAAGUGGAGGAAGCUGGAGGAGGAAGAGCGUGGCCAGCGAGGGAGGGCCCACGGAGCUCACACCCAGUGCUGCAGGGGAGCCACGGCUAGGUCCGUCCAUUCUUCUCAGCACAAACGCAGAGCCCAGAGCUCCUGUCCACACACCACCCAGCUCCCCCUCACCACACAGACAAAUGCACAGCAGCCGGGGAAGGCGGGCCAGCACCGGCUCCUUCAGCUCAUUUAACUCGGAACCUCCAGCAGAAAAGCUUACCCAAGACUCCACACCACACCUGCACCAACGGAAACUAGAAAGCAGUGAGUGCCGGGUCAAGUGGGGGCAUUCUCAGCACCUGUUGUCACUUUACCUCACAAGUCAGGGCUCAGCCGCUCUGUAUUCAUUACUAGGAAUGUGUUCACAGCAUGUAAAAUAAAUAUGUCCAUUGUUUUAAGAUUUUACCACAAAAA